CGCGUACGUUGACCGAGUAGGACGGAUCAGACUUCUUCCAGUACGGAAAGGAACUUGAGGAAUGGAACGGACAUUGGUCUACCCUGCAAUACACCCGGCCAAUGAUUCCAUUCAAACAAAAGAUCAACCUGAAUGCAAAGAGCUGAUCAUUGACAUUCCACUGGCACUGGAGGCUUCUCGUUGGCCUGAUCGGUGCUGUAUCUACAGGGUUCCCAAGAGAUUUCACGAGGUCAAUAAUAUGGCCUACACCCCUCGGCUGGUUUCUAUCGGCCCUUUUCAUCACCGCAGCGAAGAGUUGAAGGACAUGGAUAUACAAAAACUCAUAUAUUUGAGGGAUUUCUGUAAUCGUACUGGGAAGAGCAUCGAGGAUCUUGCAUGCAUCAUCGAGCACAAAGAAAUGGAAAUCCGCCGCUGCUAUUCGGAGAACUUUCUACUCAGCAGUGAAGGGUUUGUUAACAUGAUUCUACUGGAUGCUAUCUUUAUACUUGAGCUCUUCCGCAGGAAGUCUGAAAACUCAGAGGCUCAUGAUCAAAAAGACUAUAUAUUAAGCCGACCAUGCAUGGAACGCAGCAUACAGCAAGACCUGUUUCUACUUGAGAAUCAGCUUCCUUUCUUUGUUCUUGAGGAGUUAUACCGCAUUAAUGAGCUGAAUGUAGGCCACCAAAAUGGGGAACCCAAGAAAAAAAAACAGACUCUUAUUGAGCUCUCUUGUGGGUUUUUUGGUGAUCUGAUCUAUGAAUCGGGUUGCAAGAAGAAGUGUGGUCAUGUAAAGCAGUGUUUCACAGAUUUGGUGGGAUGUUGUUGCCAUUUACAAGACUCAAACUCAAGCUCACCAGACCCCAAGCAGCGUUUCAUCGCAGAUUUAGUGGAAUAUUUUAACCCUGAUCAACAAAACCGAAGCUCACCAGAGCCCAAGAAGGAAGUAAAGCAUUUCACAGAUUUGGUGAGAUAUUUUUUCUGUCCACUAAAAAAAGAAGGGCAAAAUUCCAAACCCAAAUGUUGCACGUGCACAGGUUGUUCCCGUCCACCAAACCAAGAACAAGAAGACGAAAAGAAAAGAGUUAAACACCUAUAUGGUACCGCAACAAAGCUUGAAGAGGCAGGAUUGAAAUUCACUACGCCAGAUUCAGAAACAUAUUUACUUGAUAUAAAAUUCCGGCGGAAUGUAUGCUUAGAAAGAUUCCCGAUUUUCAAUCUCUCAUGGUUCUUGUCUUGCCUACCAUGCCUGAAAAGCACUUGCUUGGUGGAUAUGCAACGUUUCUUGGAAGUCCCACCCCUUUGGAUAGACGACAAAACUGAAGGUCUUUUCCGAAACCUGAUGGCCUUAGAGCAGUGCCAUUAUCCAUCUGAGAGUUACGUCUGCGAUUACAUUGUGCUGUUGGAUGAUCUUAUCACAACUAAAGCAGAUGUAAGGUUGCUUGUUGAAAAGAAGAUCAUUGUUAACGAGUUAGGUUCCAGCGCUGCAGUGACAAAACUGGUUAACAACCUCGCCCUGGAGAUUGAAUUAGAAAGGGGAAAGUACCAUUACCGCGAUCUCUGUGAUAGUCUUAAUGAUUACUCCGACAACAUUUGGAAUGGUCUGGUGGGAACCUUGACGAGGGUGUAUUUCACAGACUUCUUUAAAGGCACUGCUACUGUUGUUGGAAUUAUUGUCCUGGUUUUCACUUUGUGGAAUUUCAGCAGGCUCCUUAGCAAGGUCUAG